GCUGAUUGUCUGUGAGAGGGGAGGGGGCAGAGACACACGGAGAGACAGAGAGGGUAAGAAGAGGGAGAAAAGAACUGUUUAAAUGGGAAUCCAGAGCACAGCGAGGACAGGGGCUGCAGACUGAGAGGGCAAAACAAAACCCAAAGUGGUGACAGAUUUAUUUUACGCACGGGAAAAGUGGGAAGUAGUUUGGGGGGGAAAGGAAAAAGAGGCAUGGGAUUAUUUUCCGCUAAAUGUCUCCUGUUUGACUCUCAUGACUUAGAGAGACUUCCUGAUAAACUCAGCCGCUCUGCAGGAAUUGAUGGUGUCUUUUAAGGUAAACGGAGCCGAGGGGAGGAAUCUGAAUGCGCUCGGCUGAACCAUGCUAGGCUUGUGGAUCCUAACUUUGGCACUCGCUUUCAACCAAGCGUGCUGUGUGCGAUUCUCCCAGGAGCCGGCCGACCAGUCGGUGGUGCUGGGGGAACGGGUGGUGCUGUCCUGCGUGGUCUUCAACUACACGGGCAUUGUACAGUGGACCAAGGAUGGCCUGGCCUUGGGCAUCGGAGAAGGUCUUCGAGCCUGGCCCAGGUAUCGUGUUCUGCGGGCUCUGGACACCGGCCAGUACAAUUUGGAGAUCUCACCCGCGGAGCUCUCGGAUGACUCGCUGUACGAGUGUCAGGCCACAGAGGCCGCCCUGCGAUCCAGGAGAGCCAAGCUCAACGUACUUAUCCCCCCUGAGGAUCCGGUGGUGGAGGGGACGCCGGAGCUGCUGCUGAUGGCUGGCACUGCAUUCAACCUGACCUGCGUAACCCGCGGGGCCAAGCCUGCAGCUCACAUCCAGUGGACCAAAAAUGGCAUCCCUGUGGAGGGAGCACACCACUCUACGGAGGUGCUCCCGGACAGGAAGAGAGUGACGACCAGGAGCUAUCUCCCCAUCACUCCGGUUGACACUGACAGCGGCAGCAAUUUCACCUGUGUGGCCAGCAAUCCAGCGGUGCCAAUGGGCAAACGAGCCACUGUCACUCUCAACGUCCACCACCCUCCCACGGUGACCUUGUCCAUCGAACCGCGCUCUGUCCUGGAGGGAGAACGAGUCACUUUCACCUGCCAGGCCACGGCCAACCCGCCCAUCAUGGGAUACAGGUGGGCCAAAGGCGGCGUGCUGCUGGAGGGGGCCAGGGAAAGCGUGUUUGUCACCACAGCAGAUCAUUCAUUCUUCACCGAGCCCGUGUCGUGUCAGGUGUUCAACGCAGUGGGAAGCACCAAUGUCAGCAUCCUCGUGGACGUGCACUUUGGUCCAAUUCUGGUGGUGGAACCCAGACCCGUAACUGUGGACGUCGACUCAGACGUUACUUUGAACUGCAAGUGGGCUGGAAACCCCCCUCUUACCCUCACUUGGACUAAAAAGGGCUCCAGCAUGGUUCUCAGCAACAACAACCAGCUGCAUUUGAAGUCAGUGAGCCAGGCGGACGCAGGCCAGUACGUCUGCAAGGCCAUCGUGCCGCGCAUCGGCGUGGGAGAGACCGAGGUCACGCUCACUGUCAACGGACCCCCCAUCAUCUCCAGUGAUCCAGUUCAGUACGCUGUCAGAGGGGAGAGAGGAGAGAUCAAGUGUUACAUCGCCAGCACCCCCCCACCUGAUAAGAUUGUUUGGGCGUGGAAGGAGAACGUGUGGGAGAAGGAAAAAGGCACUCUGAUGGAGAGGUACACCGUGGAGCAGAGCAAACCUCAGUCCCAAGGCGGGGCCGUCCUCUCCACCCUCACCAUCAACAACGUCAUGGAGUCCGACUUCCACUCUCCGUACAACUGUACCGCCUGGAACUCUUUCGGACCUGGAACCAUGAUCAUCACCCUGGAGGAGAAAGAUAUUGUUCCAGUGGGAAUUAUCGCCGGUGGUACAGUGUGCUCCUCCAUUCUGCUGCUUAUGAUUCUGCUGGCACUUGCCUUCUUCUUCUACCGCCAACGCAAAGGCAGUCGCCGCGGUGUCACGCUCGGUAAACCAGACAUCAAGGUAGAAACGGUCAACAAAGAGACCCACAGCCUGGAGGAAGAGGCGGCCAACGUCUCUACAGCGACCAGAAUGGUCAAGGCCAUGUACUCCUUUUUGCCCUCUGUUUCCCUCUCUCCCUCCACUCAGCCGUUCAAAGACGACAUGGACCUGAAGCAGGAGAUCAGGAGCGAGAGCGACACGCGGGAGGAGUACGAGCUCAAGGAUCCAACUAAUGGCUACUACAACGUCCGAGCCACCACCCACGACGAGGCGCGGCCCCAGUCCCGCGUUGUCCACUACCAGGGAGAGUUUCGCCCACCCAACCCCAACGCCGGGCCAGGCGGGGCCACUUCCAUCGGACCGUCGGCCGCAGCCGGGGGUGCAGUUCCUCCCAGUGCGGUGCCAGGCUCGAGGGCGGGCUGCUAUGACCCUCGGCCACCCUCUAGGAUGUCCCAUGCCACUUACGCCCAGUUCAACACCUUCUCCAGGGUAGCACAGAGGCAGGAAGCUCCUCCAAAUCCUGCCCUGCCAUCACCAGGCGAUUACCCUGGGGGAGACUGUGGCCUGCUGGACAGCUCAACCCAACUGCCAUACGACAGCUACGGAUAUUCCUCUCAGUAUCCCAGCUACCGUAUGGGCUUCGCUCCGACCAUAGAGGAAGGGCCGGCCUAUGAGAUGUAUCCAACGGGACAGGGGACCGGGUCGGGCCCGGGAACAGGACAGCAAAGUCCCGAAACAGGCUUGGCAAAGUAUGGGAGCUCCACUCGCUUCUCGUACUCGUCCCCGCCCUCUGACUAUUCCCAAAAACACACGCAACGAAUGCAGACUCACGUGUGAGGAACCCGAACACGCUUUCCUGGAUUUGCUUUCGGCAUCAGCAGUAUUAUCACAUCCUGUAUAAAAACCUGCCGUACAGUUCUGUACGUGAAGCUGUUUUCCUUUUCCAUGGAAAUCACUGCAUGGAAAACAUUUUUUUUUUUUUACACCAUUACAAUAGCCAACAUUUAGGAACAUCACAUACUACACAGAAAAAAAGCAAUACAUGCAGUGAUCUUCACACCGAUUUGACGCAAGUUUCCUGCCUGUAGUGGUCAUCCAUCAACAAAAGCAAACGCGAGAUCAGGAGAGGAAAAGAGAAGAAGAGCACUUUGCCAACCGCUCUUGGUCCACCUCCCCAAUCACACGGCCCUCCCAAACACUCCCGUCUCUGUAAAUAAUGUUAAAUUUGGGUCAUUUAAAAGUUAUAUUUCUUGUAUAAAACUAUAAACAGCAAACCUCUCACUAAACCACACUUUUUUCUUUUUUUUUUGCAUUUUCUGAUUCACAUUGCUGAACACAUAAACCCAGACAUACAACCACAUCUCUUUGGAAAAACAUUUGCAGCAAAAGAGGCAGCUUGGACCACAAAUAUCGCUGGCACUUGUCACUAAGACAUACUUAAUGGCUUUUUUUCUUACAAGAUCUACCUUGAUUUGAGUGGGACAAUGCAUUUGGAUUGAUCAGAGUGCCAGUUUUUUAUGUGCCAACAGAAAAAAUAAAAUGGUGUCUUUUUUUUUUUUUUUCAAAGCGCGGACAAUGAGGUGCUCUGGGUAAGAGGAUAUCGUACACGACAAAAGGAGCAGUAGCAAGCGUCUCUUUACUCCUCCUCCUCCUUGUAUUGUGUAUCUUGUCAUCGUCGUCCAUUUCUAUACCUAAUAUUUCACCCGAAAUUAAUCCUAAAGGCAGUGUUUGUGAAACAAGGUGUGGUGGGAGCGCCUUUUCAUUCUAUACAUUUCUGCAAAAAGAUACCUCCCCCACCCUCAAGUGUUUAAAAAUGUAUUUGUUCCUCUCACUUGCACAGUAGAAUAGAUUUUUUUCCAUAUUUAUACUGAAGCAUAUGAAAAAAAAAAGGCAUUCAGAAACAUUUUAUAAUAUUUUUAUAAGGAGUUGUGGACCAAAGGUUCAGCAUUUUGGGUGACACUAACUUUUUAAUGUGUAACGUGGGCGUUAUGGUCGGAAGCGGUCCGGGUUCCUUUAAAACAGAGUUGGUUUUUAAUGUGGUAGGCUUAAAGUAGAAAACUUAAAGAGCUUCACCUCGAAACAACAAAUAUCCAGCCGGAGCAGACGCCUGCUGUGGAUAUAGUUGUUUGCCGUGAGACUCUUUCUUUGACUUCCUGUCUUCUGACUGGACUGCCUUUUUUCUAAAGCUGGUGACGACAUUCAAAACGACGGGCCGGGAACGAGCAGCUGCUCGAUCGGAGCAGUUCUGUAGACUUGGGAAGCGACGAAGAAGGUUUAAAUGUAGUCUAACAUAUCAAAGUGAGGUAGAGAGGGUUCUAUCUAGCUCAUAUGGUACUUUGUACUAUUUGUAAGUAUGCUGAUUUUCUCUCUGCAACAGCAACUUUGCCGGUGUCUUAUGUCUGCGAGUUUUUCAUAGUGUUAUGUCGGGUUUUGGUGUGUGCGGAACUGGCCUUCAAAGCAGAACUUGGUUCUCGAAACUUGAAAAUCUAAGGGGAUAAACCAUGCAAUUUCCUCUUCCUCCUCUAGGUUGUGGUCGGAUAUGUUGUCAAACUAUUAUCUGUGGAGACAGCUGUUCGAUUUUAACGUAUAGCUCCUCAGUUAUAAGCACCCCGGCUAAAGAUAUGUAAAAAGCCAUAAUAAUAUUAAUAAUAAAAGAUAUUUUGUUGCUGUCGCAUACUCUCAGUUUUAAAAUGCCAGAAGAACCCAUCGGUUAAUUUGAGUACAUUUAUUUCCAGAGGGAAAAUAAUUAUGCAAAAAGCAAAAACUCUAUGGUAGAAAUCACCCAGAUUCUUGGCUUCCCCCCUUUGCUUUCCUUGGUGAGUAAUUUCUGAUCAUUUGACCAUUUUUUUUCUGGAUCAUCAUCCUACUGAAAGACCCAGUGACAACCCAUUUCCAAUUUUCCACCAGAUUUGUGUUCAUAAUGUCCUGGAACUUCAAAGAGUUCAUGAUGCCAUCCACUCUAAAAUACCUCCAAGGACAACAGACACUUACUUCCACAGCAUCACAGAGCUAUUGCCUUACUUAUCAGUGGGUAUAAAUAGCUUUUCUACACAUUUGUCAUUCAUUUCACAUCAGACCCACCAGGACGCUCUAAGUCUAAUGUGACCAAAGCAGUGAGAGCCCCAAUAGAGAUUUCUGAUGGAAGAACAAAACAUCAUGAUCCUGUGGCUUCUUUCAUUCUCAUCUGCCUUUAGCAGUGAGCUUUGGAUUUUUCCCCCCAUAUCAUCAGUUGUUUUAUAUGUUGGCAACAUAAACUUAGAUCUUUCUCCAGCAUUAUUUGACACAGUGCAAGUUGGUCUAAAUGGUUUAGAUGAGUAACAGUUUCCUAUGUUAUGAAGUUCAACCUAUGUCUGACAUAGAUGAAUAGCUUGUUCUCUGCUCUUUCCCAUCUUGAGGUGUUUCUAUAAGAAAUAGUUUUUUUGUGUUGUGACACAUUUAUACCUGUUAGAUAUUAGAUGAAGCUACAGAUUGUUAGAGCUUUUGAAGGCUGUUCUGUAAAUUUACCGGAUGAUUCAUACAGACACUAUGUACGUCACAGAUGUGACAUACAUUGAUAUGGAUAAAGGGAAAAAAAAGACCCUUAUCUUGGGGGCAACAUGCACACUUAGGGCUUUACCUCAGUUCUUUAAAAAGCAAAUGUAGCCAUCAUUCGAGCCCCAUCGCUGAUCUCUGUAAUAAUUUCUCUGCCUUGUUUAGAUUAAAAGUGCAAAAGUAUAGUUUCUGUUCAGAGAGUCGUUCCUUCAGAAGAAGUUUUUAUUUAAAGUGUGAUUGCUUCAGGGGGAAAGAGCUGGAGGUAGGCCAAGGCGUCUACCCGCCGACAGGGUGCAAUGGCUUUAAAAACCCAAGGCAAAAUAGUUAUUGAUUUGUAUUUUAUUUAUCCCAGACGCCAUAAAAAAUUAUUCAGUUGCAGUUUUUGAUUAAAUGUUACAGGGAAAAGUCUAAAAGUGCUGCAACAGUGAUUUUAGGAAAAUUAUUAUUUCUCAAUAUAGGGUUAUCUUUCCCCGCUGAAAUGUACUCAAAUUAAAAGUUGGGUUUUUCACAUGACCCCAAAUGUUAAUGUGGACAAUAGCUAUUUUCAUACACCUCAGUGUAGUGUCAGUGUUCCCCCAAACAUAUUAACGUACUUCGUAUCGUAGUUCCUAAUCUCAUCUUCUACCCUUAGAUUUAAUAUAAAUAUUAAUAUUUAAAAUAAUAGAAAAACUGUUUCAUUGUUUGGCAAUUAACCCCCCAAGUGGAUUGAAAUAAUUUAUGUUUGCACUUUGAGCUUAAUGAGAUUCGACUAGAUCGCUCUCUUCAUCAUCAUACCGACUCAAAACUUCAUAUUUUAUGGUUACAAGAAUUUGUUUAGUGGAAAACAAGAAAAGUGUGUCAAUAAUCACGAUCUCCAAGUUAAAAGCUUCUAUGUGGCCAAUGCAGCUUUUUUUUUUUUCCUGAAGAGCAUUAAGACAAUGAACCUUUUCUAUUCCAUCCAUCAAUGGUAUAUUCAAUAUUUCAUUUAAUACCUUUUUCGAAAGUUCCCAUCCUGCAUGCUUCACUGGGCAGAUAAAUUUAAAAGGCACAGAAAGCAAUAAGGAGUCACUCACUUGUAUCUGUAUUCUACAUUUUGGAGCAGUUAAAAAUGAUUGUGCAUUAAAUAAGACCCCAGGCUGCAGAGGCUAUCAGCCACUCCAGAAGCAAUCAUUGACUAUUAUUUAUCAGCCGCCCCAUCAACCCUUCAUGGUACAUUAUGGUAAUUGUCUGCAGAGGGGCUAUAAAAAUGUGUUUAUUACCCUUGUUUUCUAUAAACGCACAGAAAGAAAACCACAGCCACGCCGUUUUGUAUAUCAGAGGCAACCUUGUGGCUCUAAGGUCAUGAUGUAAACCAUUUCUGCAGGGGUAGAACGCCAGCAGGAGAGCGUCUUAAAUUUUAAACGGUGAUCACACCCAUGGUACUGCACACCAUAAUCUAUUUACAACCUUUUUACAGAGUUGUAGCUGAGCAGUAUUUUGCAUCUGACUUGCAGUCUUGUUACAACCUUGUGGAAGGAUGAGUGAAUUUGACAGGGGAGGUGCUAAGGCUGUUGAAUGCACAGCUAAUCCAUACAGGUACUUAUUUAAUACCUCUGGUGACAGUCUGUUGACAUUAGAGUUCACAUAAGACGGUAAACACACAUGGCCGAUGCUAAGGUGUAAGGCACAGCAGUGGACAAACGCGCAGGUGGAUCUCAGUAAAUUAAAACAGCAAUGUCGUGCUCCUGUAGCUGUAUAAGAAAGGAAUAUGGCAACUUUUACCUCAUUAGGUUGUUAUUCCGUGUCUUUUCUCUCUUCUUCCAUGUGUUUUUCUCUGUGCAAUGUGUGCCGAUCAUUUCUUUCGAACUUGCUACCAUGUGUCAAAUUAAAAGCCAUCUGCCAGCUUCCAAAUGUUAAAGUCAAAACUGCCUUCACAAAGAAAAGAAAUCCAAUCAUUAUUGCAAACCUCUCUCUUGCUGCUUUCUUCCAAAUUUCUGUCAUAAAGUAACACUAUAACACAGUAUAGUGUAAGUAUGUAUUUUUAGCUUGCUUAUAUUUCUGGUGUCCAUUUUAUAGAAAAUAUAAAUAUUCACAAGUUCAUGAUAUCCAUUUCAGCAUCUCUCUGAUUUAUUUCAGUUUAACCAAAUAUGUAUUUUGUAUUUUUCGUUAUUUGCUUUGUGGUCUUAUAUCACCAGUUGAAGAAAGCACUUGUCCAAAGUGGCCUGUCUUAUAAAACACAUGUUUUUUUUUUUUUUUUUCCCCGUUGUGGUCUAAUUAAACAAACUCAUGAAAAAAAAAAAAAAAAAGUUGGGUAUUGAACAUCUGUGGCCCAAACAACUUGUCGGUCAUGCUACAAAUAGCCUGAAGUCAGCCUCAACUAGGCCAACCCAGACUAGGACCGGGCCAGACCCAUGCUGGGCCGGGCUGACCCAGAGUUUCUGCAGUGUCUUGACAUCCAGUUUUACUGUGUUGAACCUUUCAGUGAGUGCCAAAAAAAAAAAAAAAACAUCAACUGAGCAGACGUACAAAUGCAGCAGCAGUUUGUGAUUAUUGUGACUCUAUGAUUGAGUGUGACUGGGUAUAUGUGUGGAGGAAUGUGUUUCACACAUACAAAUGUAUUUUCAGUGUCCAACUUUUAAGAUGCAUGUGUGUGUGUGUGCGUGUGCGUGUUUGUGUGUGUGGGGGCAAAUAUAACCCAAGGUAUUAGAAACAUAUUUCCAUACUAUGGAAAGAAAAAAUUAGGGUUUGACUGAUAAUUUCAUAUCUUAGCCGGUCACACCUGCUGGUAUGAAGGAGAUCACUCCUGAACACAGCAACACAGAGCCUGAAAAUGCUAUUUCCCUGGUAAAUAUUAUUUUACCGUUCAAAUAUUUUAGUGUAAUCUGGUAGCUUUAAAUACAGUUAUUGCCAUGUUUUUUUUUUUUUUUUUUAAAUAUGUCAUUAUAUCAAACCUUAUUUUUAACACAGAGGAAAACUGGUCUAAUGUGGCACUUCUCCAUGACCCAUAGUUUUUAAAUCAUCAUUUCAUCAUUAUUCUUAAUUAUUGUAUAUUCAAAUGCAAAAAAAAGGUGCAACAAACCUGAUACCUACAACUAGCAACUACCCCAGUUGGUUGGUGUUGCAUGAAAGAGCAAAAAAAGUGCUUUAGACUGGAACAUAGAUGAAACAAAACAUGUCAAGGUGAUGAGAAAAUGUUACUUGGAAUCUGAACUAAUCAGGUAGAACAUUGAUGCAAUUUAAUGUGUUAUAAAAGGCAGAAGUUGUCAGGGUUAAUAUUUGAUAUGGUUUCAGUGAUUUUUGUGUAACUAAACCAUUUCUGUCCUGAAAUGUAACAACUUACCUCUGCAGCCAAAUCUGAACCUUCGGAAGCAUUUUCUAAAAAAAAAA